CCCUUUCCCUGUGUCCUUUUUCUUUUCUCCCAAUCUUCCCCGGCUGCCAUGAAAGUUUGACCCGGCGAUCUCCUCCAGCGAGUCCCCUUCUUCUUCUCCGGCGAGCACCCUCGAAGCCGACCCCCGAGCCAAUGUCCUCCACUCGAUUUUCCUGCUGUCAACUGCAUCUCCUAUUGCUUCAUGGCGCCCGAAGCUACAAAGGGCAUGGCCGGCGAAGCUGCGUCCAUGAUCGGAGCUGCGUCCAGGGCCGGUGAAGUUGCUUCCAUGGUCGGAGCUGCGUCCAUGGCCGGCGCCACGCAAUACUAUGAUGCUGUGACAGGAGGCCACUCCCCUGGCCAUGGAUCUUUUGUUGUUGCUGGAAACAGUAAAUUUUUUUGCUACCACCGGGUUGAUUUUUUGCUGGAACUAGUAUUCAUUCUUGUUACCACUGUCUCUGUUUUUGUUGGAAGCAACACAUUUUUGCUACCACCGUAUUUGAGUUUUGCUGAAACGAGCGCUUAGUUUUGCUACAACCGCCUUUUUGAGUUUUGCUAGAACCAGCGACCACUCCCCGGCCACGCUGCCCAAAUGUGCUACGACCGGGGACCAACGGUGCUACAACCGGUAAGCAAAUUUGCUACAUCCUUUUUUUUAUGACUUAGCUGCGACCCCCGACGACGGUGACGAAGUUUUGCUGCAUCUGUCGUCCUUUUUGCUACGACCGAUGUGACGUUUUGCUGCAACCAUUCAUGAGUGACGACGACGCCGCGCCCUGAGCCGCGACGGCGACGACACUUUUGCUGCAUCGAUCUUCAUUUUUUUCUAUCACCGGCGUUGACGUUUGCUCUAACGUUGGCUUGUCAUUGGAGGUGGAGCUGCAAACAUUUUUUUGGAAGGUGGAGCUGCUGGACGGUGCUUCCUACAACAGCAAUGGCGACGGAUCAGGUACCAGUACAGCCACGACCUCCACUUUUUUUGCUGUGCUUCCAUGGGCGUGGGAAGGGAAGCUUCGCUGGGAGAAUCGUUUCCGAUGGGGGAAGAAGAUAAGGCCUGAACGGUUGGAUCGGGCCAAGCCGACGACGAGCUGCGGCCGUCGCCACCGCAGCUGUUGCAUGCGUGGUGUUGGCCAAAAAUGCAGGCGACGAGUGCGGCGACCGGCGACGAGGAUGGCCGGCGAGGGCGAUAACCGGCGACGAGGAGGGCCGGCAACCAUGGCGACCAGCAAGAGCGUGCGGCCAGCCAGAUGCGGAAUCAAGCGACUAUAUGCAGAAUCCAUCGUAGGGGCGUGCGUUGACGAAACAACAGCUGUAUCGAACGGUUAUACAUGCACCAAUCGGAUGGUUGCGGGCGGCCGGUCCGCCGGCGCCUAUCACCCGCCUUCCUAUACUUCGCCCAACUCACCCUUACCCGGACGCGGGCCCCGGUCUCUCAGUCGCCACGGAAAUCAGGUCAGCUCGGCAGAUCCAGAGGAGACGGACGGCGAGCUCCCGACGGCGACCCCCGACCGGUUCCCUGUUUGCAUCCGCUCGUCGUCGUGCGCCGUGUGCCGCGGCCCGUUCGCCAAGGCCAUGUUCGAGUUCCUAAACUGCAUCCGGAUGCACCAAGGAGACAAGAAUGGCAAAAACAGUGAACUGAAGUAUGACGCCCAAUGUGGCAUGAGCAAAGGUGUGUUCGAAUGGCAAUGCCGUCAGUUUGAGAAGGUAUCUAGUCGAACACCUGAGUUGAUGCGCAAGAUGAGGGCCAAUGCACAGAAGAUGCGUGUCCACUUCAAGGACACUGAAGAUCUCAAAACGUGGGAUGCUUAUGAAAGAAAUGUUCUCUAUGCAUGUGAACAUUACCUCAAAACCUCUCUUGCAACACCUGCAGUUACCCCGAAUUCUGUUUUGUAUGAGGAUUUAAUGAAGAGAAAAGCAUAUUCGAAGACUCGUAGUGGGCUGCUAUCGAUGGGACUGAACAAGUUCAAAUACUGUACAAGGAGCUUAAGGCUAGUCGCUGCGGGUGCUGCUAUUGGACUUGCUGUUGGACUUGGCGUUGGCUGGAAGCAACAGAAGAUUAAGUAGCCAAGUAUCGCUGUUACUGUACCCAUGGGUUACAUGAGUUGACAUUUGAUGUAAUAAAGUUAGAUCCUAGCGUGAAUACUAGGUGUCACUUAAUUAUGUUAGCUGCGAACAGAGGAUGUAAGAUGUGUGUUAGCUGGGAACCGAGGAUGGAAGAUGAGGUAGUUGAGACGUACUUGUUCUCAGUUAUUUUAGCUCCGCGAGUAGCAUCUUACUUUAUUUUAGAACACAUGGCAACGCACCGACGUUCUAGUUAUGUUGAUUGUAACUGGCUUAAAAGUGCGGGACAGGAAUUGUUGUGAGAAAUUAAUUAUUUUUGCAUGCU